AUGUCGCCGGUGACGCCCUCCGGGGCCACCGACCCCAGCCGCUCCGCCCGGCUGCGGCCCAAACCAGCCGACGCCGACCCCGACGCGGACGCCGACCUCGGACGCGGGACGUCGCGCUCCGCCCGGCUCCAGCCCAAACCAGCCGACGCCGACGCCGACCCCGGACGCGGGGCGCCGCGCUCGCGCGGCAAGCGCCAGCGCAUAGCGGCAGCUGGUACCCGUGGCCGUGGGAGCGCGGCCACGGACGACGACCGACAGCCUGUGGGGCCGGGGGUGGCGGACGCCGACGCCGAGCAAGAACGCGGGGCGUCGCGUUCCCGCGGCAAGCGCCAGCGCAAAGCGGCCGGGAAGGCAGCUGCUGGUGCCCGUGGCCGCGGGAGCGCCGCGAAGGACGACGACCCGGAGGAGGCAGCACAGGCGCCUGUGGGGGAGGCGCCGAGGAUGAUGGAGCUGGACGGCGCGAUCAGCGACGACAUCUGCGCGGACGAGCCGGACGCGGAGGAGCUGCGGAUGGGCGAGGAGGAUGAGGCGUCGGACGGCGUCGCGGCGGGCGGAGGAGACGGGUCCGCGGAGACGGGUGCCGCCAGAAAGAAGCGUGCUGUUGCGCGGCCGACCGCCAACUCCGACGCCUCCACCCAGGACCACUUCGUGGGCGAGCCAAUACCGGACGCCGAGGCGCGGCAGCGCUGGCCGGAGCGGUACGCCGCCAAGGUGCCCAAGGGUUCCGGCUCAAAGGCUAAGAGGUCCGAUGCCGAGGAGGAAAUUCGAGCCCUGCGCCACUACACAACAGUUUGUGUGGACGAGGCCAACUUUCAUCUUGGCGAUGACGUUUAUGUCAAGGCUGCCCCUGGUGUGGAAAAUUACAUUGGCCGGAUCACAGAGUUGUUUGAAGGAAGCGAUCAUGGAUCACACUUCACUUGUCGCUGGUUCUUCCGUGUGGAAGAUACGGUAUGUGUGUCAAGCAUUUUGCUGGAGGUUAAUGAUCAUAAGCAUGAUCCUAAGCGUGUUUUCCUUUCAGAGGAAAAGAAUGAUAAUCUGAUUGAGUCAAUUAUCUCUAAAGCAAAUAUCAUUUAUGUUGGCCCAAAUAUGAAACCCAAGGCUAAAGCCCAGCUGAUCUCAAAGUGUGAUUUCUAUUAUGACAUGUCUUAUUCGGUAGCAUAUUCCACGUUUGCGAAUAUGCCACCAGAAAAUGGUGAUCCAAUUGGCAGUGAAGUAGAUGUUGACCCUUCUAAGAAAAAACCAAUUGCUGACACUGUGGCACCACCUGAAGAACAAAUGGAAACAGCAACACUGCUGGAUCUUUACUCUGGGUGUGGUGCCAUGUCUACUGGGCUAUGCCUGGGUGCUGCAUGGUCUGGCUUAAAACUGAAUACAAAAUGGGCUGUAGACAUGAACACAAAUGCUUGCAACAGUCUAAAGCAUAACCACACAUUCACACAGGUACGGAAUGAGAAGGCUGAGGAUUUCCUUUCCCUCCUUCAGCACUGGGAUGCCCUCUGUAAGAAAUAUGACGUCCAUAAUAGCAAUUCUCUUCCACAAACUUCGAACAAUGAUGAAGAUGAUGAAAAUGAAAAUCUCCCGGAGGGUACAUUUGAAGUAGAGAAACUGGUUGAUAUUUGCUAUGGUGAUCCAAAUAGCACUGGAAAUGUUGGGCUGUGGUUUAAGGUACGGUGGAAAACAUAUGAUUCUAGUUAUGAUAGUUGGGAGCCAAAUGAUGGUCUUAGUGAUUCCCCUGAACGUAUUAAAGAAUUUGUUGAGAAUGGAUACGGGGAAUCCAUUUUACCCUUGCCUGGCUGUGUGGAUAUUAUAUGUGGGGGUCCUCCUUGCCAAGGCAUCAGUGGAUUGAACAGAUUCAGAAAUUAUGAAGAUCCACUGACGGAUGAAAGAAACAAACAACUGAUUGUCUUUAUGGAUAUUGUGAACUUCCUGAGACCCAAAUAUGUCCUUAUGGAGAAUGUCGUAGAUAUUCUAAAAUUUGCAGAUGGGUUUCUAGGGCGUUAUGCAUUGAGUCGCCUUGUCGCCAUGAGCUACCAAGCUAGACUUGGGCUCAUGGUUGCAGGAUCUUAUGGGCUACCACAGUUCAGAAUGCGAGCGUUUCUCUGGGGAGCGCUUCCUUCAGUGGCACUUCCAAAGUUUCCGCUUCCCACCCAUGAUGUUAUUAAUCGAGGAGUAGUGCCAAAUGCAUUCUCGCAAUGUUUAGUUGCAUAUAAUGAAACUGAAGAUAAACACUUGAAGGAAGCUCUUGUCAUUAGAGAUGCUAUAUCCGAUUUACCAAAGGUUGGAAACCAUCAACCUAAUGAUGUGAUGGACCAUGGUAUUGGACCCAAAACAGAAUUCCAGCACUACAUCCGGCUCAACCGUAAAGACAUGAAGGAUUACUCACUUGGAGAUGCUACUCCCAAGGAAGGUCAGCUAUUUGAUCAUCAACCUCUACAAUUAAACAACGACGAUUAUGAAAGAGUGCAGCAGAUUCCCGUAAAAAAGGGGGCCAACUUCCGUGAUUUGAAAGGUGUCCGGGUUGGGGAAAACAAUACCGUUGAGUUCGAUCCAGAUAUUCCUCGCGUACUUCUGUCUUCUGGGAAGCCUUUGGUGCCUAGCUAUGCCAUGACCUUUAUCAAGGGCAAGUCACUGAAACCAUUUGGACGCCUGUGGUGGGAUGAAACUGUUGCAACUGUUGUCACCAGAGCUGAGCCUCAUAACCAAAUUGUUUUGCAUCCCAACCAGAACCGAGUUCUGACCAUCCGUGAAAAUGCGAGGCUACAAGGCUUCCCAGACUAUUACAGGUUGUUUGGUCCUAUAAAACAGAAAUAUAUCCAAGUGGGCAAUGCGGUAGCAGUCCCUGUUGCUCGAGCACUGGGGUAUUCCCUUGGACAGGCGUACCAGGGCGAAUAUGAUGGCGACUAUCCCCUGUUCAAAUUGCCAGGGAAUUUUAUUCCUAUGGAUCAAGCAACACUCACAAGAUUGUCUGAAGGAACUUGUAGAGGCGAAGUAGCUGUCAAAACAUUGUCAUUUCCGAAUUGCAUACCUGUCUAUUCCUUCAAAUUCAGAACCUUUUUUGAGGAAAUUUUGCUGCUGGAAGAUAUGUGA